UCUGCUUGGAAUGGGAACUUAUUCGCCUCUCAACGACGAAGAAACCACCAAGAAAGCCAUCCAUUUGGCCCUCAAGCGAAGAUAUAUGGGUCAGAAGCAACACUUGGGAAUGCAUUAGGAGAAGCUAUUUCUCAUGGGAUUGUUGAGAGAGAAGAUCUCUUUGUCACUUCCAAGUUAUGGUCCAGUGAUCAUCAUGAUCCUAUCUCUGCCCUCAACCAAACUCUCAAGACAAUGGGGAUGGAGUAUCUAGACAUGUACUUGGUGCAUUGGCCAAUAAAGUUGAAGCCAGGAGUGAAUGAGCCUGUCCCAAGAGAAGAAGACUUCGAGACAGAUUUAGGGAUUGAAGAAACUUGGGAAGCCAUGGAGAGAUGCUUAGAUUUGGAUCUUUGCAAGUGCAUUGGUGUCAGCAACUUCUCCUCUCAGAAGAUCUUGAACCUCCUCGAUUUCGCCUCGGUUUCUCCUCAUGUCAAUCAGGUGGAAAUGCAUCCUUUGUGGAGACAAAGCAAGCUGAGGCAGGUUUGCGAGGAAAACAGAAUACACGUAAGCGGAUAUUCACCGCUAGGUGGGCCCGGCAACCACUGGGGAACAACGGCUGUGAUUCAACAUCCUCUCAUGGCAUCCAUUGCUCUCAAACACAAUGCCACUCCUGCUCAGGUGGCUCUAAGGUGGGGUAUGUCCAAAGGGUCGAGUGUGAUAGUGAAGAGUUUCAGUGAAGCGAGACUCAGAGAGAACAAGAGAGCCCUGGAGAUCAAAUUGGACGAGCAAGACUUGUCUGAGAUUGAUCAGUUGGAGGAGUGGAAGAUCAUGAGAGGAGAGUUCCUUGUUAAUCAAACCACAAGCCCUUACAAAUCCAUCCAACAGCUUUGGGAUGAUGAAAUCUAGGUUUCUCCAAACAUCCAUUAGUGU